AUGCAACCCUUUGAUAGUGGACAUGAUGACUUGGUUCAUGAUGUGGUUUAUGAUUUCUACGGCAGACAUGUGGCAACUUGCUCUUCCGAUCAACAUAUUAAAGUUUUCAAAUUGGACAAGGAAACAAGCAAUUGGGAGCUAAGCGACUCCUGGAGAGCCCAUGAUAGUAGCAUUGUUGCCAUCGAUUGGGCAAGUCCAGAGUAUGGGCGCAUUAUCGCCUCAGCCUCUUAUGACAAGACAGUAAAAUUAUGGGAAGAAGACCCCGACCAAGAAGAAUGCUCUGGCCGUCGCUGGAAUAAACUGUGUACCCUGAAUGAUUCCAAGGGUUCGCUUUACAGUGCAAAGUUCGCACCAGCACACUUAGGCUUAAAACUAGCUUGUCUAGGUAAUGAUGGGAUUCUCAGAAUUUAUGACGCCUUAGAACCCUCUGACUUGAGGUCUUGGACAUUAACUUCCGAGAUGAAAGUACUCUCCAUACCUCCAGCAAAUCACCUACAGUCUGACUUUUGCCUCUCUUGGUGUCCUUCUAGAUUUUCGCCUGAAAAGCUUGCAGUCUCUGCAUUGGAGCAAGCGAUCAUAUACCAAAGAGGUAAGGACGGUAAACUUCAUGUUGCAGCAAGACUCCCCGGCCAUAAAAGUUUAAUAAGAAGUAUCAGUUGGGCUCCCUCAAUUGGUAGAUGGUAUCAACUUAUUGCAACAGGCUGCAAGGAUGGUAAGAUUCGAAUCUUUAAGAUUACAGAAAAACUAAGUCCUCUAGACUCAGAGGAGUCUUCAAAUAACUCGAACUUAUUUGACAGCGGUACCGAUGUAGAUAUGGAUCGACAGGGAAGAUCCGAUUCAAAUAAUGAGGAGAAAGCGGAGCUACAAUCAAGUUUGAUGGUUGAACUUCUAAGUGAGCAUGAUGACCAUAACGGCGAAAUUUGGUCUGUGUCCUGGAACUUGACGGGUACAAUACUAAGCAGUGCUGGUGAUGACGGAAAAGUAAGGUUAUGGAAAGCCACUUAUUCAAAUGAAUUUAAGUGCAUGUCAGUAAUUACUGCCCAGCAAUAA